AUGUUCAAUGACCUUAGGCAGCUGCGCGAAGGCGCGGAAAUGAUUUUGAAAACGGCUCUAGAAGACAGCAACAUCAUCGCUGAUUUCGUGUUUGUGCCGUUUCAUGAUCCUACCAUUGGUCCCGCUACCGUUACCAGAGACAAAGACGUGUUCAAAGCUGCUCUGAAUAUAGUGCGCGUUUACGGCGGAGGCGACUGCCCCGAAAAGUCGCUAGGGGGCAUCCAUCUCGCUUUAACCAUCAGCCGUCCUAGGUCCUUCGUUUACGUGUUCACUGACGCCACCGCCUCUGACCAUAAGCUGGUCGGCAAAGUGUUGGACGCCGUUCAGAGGAAGCAGAGUCAGGUGGUAUUCGUGCUGACGGGGCACUGCAACGACCUGAAGAAGCCUUCCUUCAAAGUGUACCAGCAGAUCGCUACCGCCAGCUCCGGGCAGGUGUUUAAUUUGAACAAGACCAACGUGCACAAGGUGUUGGACUUUGUGCGGAGUUCGAUAAGGGGGCGUAACGUCAAUUUGGCAUCAGCGGUUCAUCCCGCCGGCUAUAACUACACGCAAGAGAUCCCAGUGGACAGCAGUGUGGGCGAGGUGACGGUGUCCGUUUCUGGCGCCAAGCCCAAAAUCAAGGUGGUCAACCCCAGCGGGGAGGAGCUGGUGGGGCCGCCGAAACUGAUCAAGACCCUCGACCUCUCCGAGAUAAUGAUUGUCAAGGUCAUGGAGCCGGAGCCAGGUAACUGGACGAUAACGGUCGGCAGCGAGAAGGACUACUCCGUCAAAGUGUCCGGUCUCUCGGACCUCACCUUCAAUCAUGGCUUUUCCGUGGAGAGGCCCAAUUCCAUGGAGGAGGCGAGCUACAGACCUCUGAAAGGUACCUACAACCACAUGCUGCUCUCGCUAACCCAAGCGGACCAGCGGAUCAAGAUAGACUUCGUGGAGAUAUUGACCACCGACGGAAAGACCCUAUUCGAGGUGCCCGUAAAGGAGAUUGAUGGCGGCAGGACCUUUUUGGCCGAAGCGUUCGUCCCGCCGGAAGACUUCUUCUACAUUGCCAUCAACGGACACGAUCAGAACGGACAGGAACUGAGGAGAAUUGGUGUCACCGCCGUACAAGCAAAGUCACCCGAAGUUCCAUAUUUAACUGCACCUAAAAAGAUAGAGGCUCGUUCCCACGAAAAAGUUGUCCUUAAGUGCUACGUGGAUAGCCUGGUACCCGUCACCGCUUCGUGGACUACUGAUAUCUCCCGUAUUCAGCGCCAAACUUCUAGUUUGCAGAGCACUUCUAUAGAGUAUGUAAUAGACGAUAUGAGUGAGGGAAAUGUGGGCACGUACAGAUGCUCUGCGAAAAACGUAGCUGGACGCAGCACUACCUCCACUAAAGUAGCUCUCAUAGUCGAUCCGCCGCAAGUUUCCAUACUGCCAGGGAAUAUCACGGUCCCUUUGGGAGGUGACCUAACAAUAAGUUGUUCGGUGUUCAGCGAGGUGCUUCUACUCAAGGGUCAGAUCAUGUUGAACGGUUCCGAAAAUUCCGUGAAUAACUUUAAAAUAACUCCAACAAUGGACGGCUUUUAUACAUUCAACAAGACUUUUGCCAAUGUUGGCGAAAAGGAAAAAGGGCUUUAUACGUGCGUCGCGGCGAAUAGGGCCGGUGAGGUGAACCAAUCGACGUACAUUGAAGUGGAAGGGGAGCCAACUGCUCAGAUAAUAGGUCCCCACAACGUGAACAGACCUUUGCACGGCGAUAUGCAGCUCGUGUGCCAAGUGGAGGAAGCCGAAGUAGUGCAGUGGUCGGCGCCCAACGGCACGGUGGUCAAAGAGCAGCUAGUCAACGGUAGCUCCAGUUCGAUUCUCGACGUUAGCAACGUCACUGACGACGGCGUUUGGAGUUGCACCGCUUUGAAGGGCUCUCACAGGGCAUCCGACGUGGUCCAAUUGAACAUAUUGAUAAAGCCUAUAGUCAGCAUCGAAGGCGAGGAGAACUUGACGGUGUUAAGCGGCGAGGUGCAACAGCUCAAAUGCGCAGUGCGUGCGAAGCCACCGCCAAGAAUUGUCUGGCAUAAAGAAACUGAGGCUUUCCUCAACUGCACUGUGGAUGAAGUAGAGCCGAGCGUCUACGAGAGCGUGCUGACUCUGAACAGCAGCGCUGAGCACGUGAACGGCACUUACUUCUGCUUCGGCGAGAACUCUGCGGGCAUCGGCCAGGACAGCGUCACAAUCGCCGAGCGGACGAGAAUGGUGUUGGUGGAGAGCUUCACCGACCAGCUGGUGCAGCUGCACUCUUCGGUAGAGCUGCGCUGUUCCGCGAAGUCUCUACCGGCCGCAGUUGCUAGCUUCUUUCAUAACGGGACUCUUAUGUCUUCUAACGCCACCCGCCCGCUGCCCGGCGGGGCCGCGCUACGCUUAUCGCGCGUGCACUUCCGCCACCUCGGCCGCUACGAGUGCCUCCUCUACAACGACUACGAGAGCCUACGAGUCGAGGGUGCGCUACGUGUUACCGGUUUGGAAAGUCCGGUGCUUUCGAAAGAACCAGCGAUUGUCACUACUCUAAGGGGCCACACGGCGACAAUAACAUGUAGAGUGUUAAAAGGUAAUCCAGAACCGAAUAUCACUUGGGAGUAUCGGAGCGAGGAAUCGCAGGAAUUCGGCGAUGUUGAGAUUGGGGUCCUAAUGGGCGAUAGGGGCCGAGAGGUCAAGGUGUCAAAUGCUACCUCAAACCACGCUGGCCGCUAUCGUUGCGCCGCCGAAAAUGACGUGGGCAGAGACACGUACGAGACUUCUUUGGUUGUGCAAUAUCCACCGGACCUCAAGUUGUCAACCGUAUUAAACGGGACAAAUCAGCUAGAAGCGGAGGUGGGAAAGAGAAUAGUAUUUAGCUGCGAAGCCACAGGCAAUCCACCGCCGAUCGUGGUCUGGACUAAGGAAUCUGGACCGGUCCACUUUUCAGACAACACAUACCUCACCGACACUGACGUCCUUGUGAUUGAGAAUGCGACCAUUUACGAUUCCGGACUAUACAACUGCAACGCAACCAGCCCCCUUGGGUCUGUCGGCAGAAAUUACUCGCUGCAAGUGUUCAUGAGGCCGGUUAUUCCGUCAAUGGGGAGCACGGAGGUGGAAGUCCUGGAGGGGCAGUUGGUGGAACUGUCCUGUCCAGCUCAGGGUGUGCCCACUCCGCGCGUCAGCUGGUCGCACAAUGGCCAGGCGCCCAAGCCCACUGCCCACGCCCACGGCCACACCCUCAGGUUCGUUGCGAACUUGACUGAUUUCGGGGAAUACUCUUGCAACGUCACCAACGGCUAUGGGAGUGCUGUUUUAAACUACACUGUCUACGUUUGGGUGGCGCCUUACCUCCGGCCGCCAUUGCUCGAGUCGAAGAGCGUCCGCGAAGGCGCCGACGUCUCUCUGCGCUGCGACGCGGUCGGCUUCCCUCUACCCACUAUCUCUUGGCGGUUCGACAACCAGCCGCUGGUGGAGAACGCAACGCGCCUGAGCUUCAACGACGUGGGCAAUCUGUACAUAAGCAACGCGAGCUCUCAAUAUGAGGGACAGUACGAAUGCAUUGCCGAGAAUCUGGCCGGAAUUGCCGGCAAAGUUAUAAUGCUACAAGUACACGAACCACCAACAAUACUUCAGGACAAUUAUACGGGACCCUACGUGGCGACGGAUCUGGACACAGCGCUCGCAAUCGCCUGCCAGGCGUCAGGCAAACCUAGACCUUAUGUCGUGUGGUCCAAGGACGACUUUUAUCUUGACAAAGACCCCCGCUACGAAGUGGGCGCGGACGGUACCCUGACCAUCAGGGCGCCGUCUGAGGAGUUGAGCGGCGAGUACACCUGCCUCGCCACCAACGCGGCUGGCAACGCGACCCGCACCGUCCCGGUGAGAAUAUACUCCGUUCCGACUUUGGUGCAGUCCGAGGAGUCCCAGACUGUGGUGACCCUCGUGGAAGGGGCGGACGCGAUGGUCGAUUGUCCAGUGCGAGUCGCACCCGACGACACGAUCAAAUGGUACAAGAACGCGGCGCUGGUUUCCGAAGGUAAGUUAGAACUGAAGCCAGCGCGGAGGGAGGACUCUGCGACGUAUGCGUGCGUCGGAAGGAACAUGGCGGGAGCGAGGCAUGCGUCUGUCACCAUUCAAGUACACUGGCCGCCGACUCUACUACACACAUCUAACAGCGAUGAAGAAACUCCAACCGCCUCUUCUAAUCCUUCACUAGCCAUUUCCUAUGAAGCCUCGACUAGACCGCCACUAGCCAUUACCUCCUCUACCUCUUCUCUAACUACAUCAUCGCCCGUCCCACCCGCUCUUUCCGAGUUAGACGAUCAAUUUUUACCCAGUCUCCAUGAAUCAGACAAGCAAUCCUUACCCAAUCUCCACGAGUUAGACAAGCAAUCCUUACCCGCUCUCCAAACCGAACCUUCCAAUUCUGACCUAGUGGCACAUCCUGCCUCAGUUCCUGAUCCUGUCCACGUCCCAAUAGCUCCAUCUAUCUUUGGUAGCUCGGAAACCGUCCAACCUACAAACACCCGCAUCCGCCUACUGCGUGGCGACGACCUGCGUUUAGACUGCUCUGUCGACGCGAAACCGCGCGCCCAGACCAAAUGGUAUUUCAAUUCGAAAUUGCUCCUCGGUGAGGACAGGGGCGUCUUGAAACUGCUUAACGUUCAGCUCCGUGACACCGGCGUGUACAAAUGCGUCGCAGCGAACCGGUACGGCGCCGUUUUCAAGGAGUUCGUCGUCGACGUUCUCGUUCCGCCGUUCAUUUCUGAAUUCGACUUGCUCGACGUGCAACUAAAGGAGGGCACGAAUGCAAGCCUCGAGUGCAACGCCCAAGGGUACCCAAAGCCGGACAUAAAAUGGACCUACAACAACACGUCGUGGCGCGCACACAAAUCGACAAUCGUUAGCGUGAACGUUGGAGUCGAGUCUGAGGGCGUGUUCCGCUGCGACGCCACUAACCCAGCGGGGGUCGCCCAUCUAGUGUACAGGGUCAACGUAGUCGGGGGUGCCAACAUCGAGAGCGUAACGGCCUUCAACGGCAGCGUUGGCACCACUGUCACCGAGCGUUUGGAGAUCGCGGUUGGAUCAAGAGUUCGUAUCGCUUGUAAAGCCUCAGGUAGACCAUUUCCAAACAUACAAUGGUUUAGACAUGGCAAAGUCGUUAGCAAUAACGUUGCAAACAUAAGCUACGCUGAUCUGAUCAUAAACGAAGCAGAGGCAUCCGACGCCGGGCAGUACUCAUGUGUUGCCUCUAACGAAGGUGGAAUGGAUGAGAUAAAGAUAAAAAUAGAUAUAAUAGAACCACCUAGAAUAUUCCGUACGCUUUUUGAAGAUGACGAAACCUUUACUUAUGGAAAUAUUAUAAACUUGGAGGUUAUGUCCGGACAAGCGUUUUAUAUGCACUGUCAUCCGUAUGGUAAUCCGAUGCCAGAGGUAUACUGGUUCAAAGACGACGUUCCGUUGAAAUUGUUCGACGGAACUAUGGUAUCGACAGAUUAUGGUGAGAUCAUACAAUCUCCCUCUGCUAAGUACGAACAGUCGGGAAACUACACUUGUAUAGCGAGAAAUAAAGUCGGCGAGACUGGGAUCGCGUAUUUAGUCGAUGUUUUAGGACCCCCAACGCAGCCAAAGGAAAGCGCGAAGGAAGUGAGCACAAGGAUUGGUAAACAAUUAACGCUAACGUGUCCAGUACAAGGCAGUCCGACGCCUUAUGUGAUGUGGAUAAAGCAUCCAUACAACGAAAUUAGCGAAUACACCCCAAGGGUACAUUUGUCUGAAGAUAACGUAACUUUAACAAUAGACGCGACGGUUAUAGAGGAUAGCGGUAUAUACUCUUGCGUGAUGACGAACAAAGUCGGCACCUCGGAGGUAACGUUCAACGUAGUUAUCGAAAAGCCACCAUCCAUUGUCGGCAAUGUUGAGAACAACACACCGGAGGAACACGUGGUCGCGUUGAAAAGGAGCCUUGUACUGAAAUGCGAUGUCGACGGCCACCCCCCGCCUAAGAUAAAGUGGUUAAAAGACAUCCAGGCCGUGCGCGAGGGGAGCGCGCAUAUACAGCGCGUGCUGGGCGGCAGCGUGCUGGGCGUGCGGGGCGCGGGGGCGCGCGACGCCGGCCGGUACGUUUGCGUCGCGGAGAACGCCGCGGGCGCCGCCAGCAGGCGAUACAACGUGCGCGUCAAAGUUCCCGGAAAAUGGAGUGCAUGGUCCCAAUGGAGCUACUGCAACGUUACCUGCGGCUUGGGAUUCCAAAACCGGUCAAGGAUUUGCCACUAUGUCGAUGAUGACAACAAUACUAUUGACAGCACGUCCAACUCUGAUAAACUCAUUUUAGAUGAGAGCUCGUGUAAAGGGUCUGCUAUCGACAAAAGAAAGUGUCACAUGCCAUCUUGUGAGGAAGAAGAGGGCUGGUCGAGCUGGUCGCGGUGGUCCUCGUGCUCGGCGAGUUGCGGGGCGGGAACGCAGGCGCGCAGGCGCCGUUGCCGCUCGCGAGCCCGCUGCCCCGGCGACAACGUGCAGAUUAGAAAAUGUCCUGACUUACCAAAAUGUUCACCACGAUCAAGACAAGCCAGUCGUGAAGUAUACAGCAGUCAGGAAAGCGAUGACAGGGAUAUGUACAUGCCCGAGGCAACGAUCGAAAUGCAACCUGACCUAGACAACGACCUAAGGUCCUCUGACUUCGAGAAGUUUUAUAGCCCAGUCGAUCUUGCAGAUAAAAAAGCGCGCGUGUACUUCGACGUCAACGUGACGGAGAAUCUCGACCACAGCCCGCAAGGCCCUUGCGAACCCGGAUUUCGGCACAAUACUAUCGACGACUCCUGCGAAGACGUGGACGAGUGCUCCGUCGAGAGCAACCGUUGCCACGCGACGCAGGUGUGCGCCAACAUGGCGGGGAAGUACCGCUGCAGUUGCCCGCGCGGUUUCCUCUCGCUGGGCGCCGGCCAGCGAUGCCUCGACGUGAACGAGUGCGAGCAGGAGAUCCACGGCUGCGAGUUCGCGUGCGUCAACGUCGCCGGCGGCUACGUGUGUGCGUGCCCUAGGCAUCUCAGGCUGCAUGUGGACAGACACCAUUGCGUCCCGCCAUCGCAAUAUCAAAGGCGGCAGUUUUACGCGGACUCGGAAUCUGAAGAUUAUCUAGGUGCCACUUUCGACUUUCCAGCUAGAAACACCAAGUAUCCUAGGAAUAAUCUA